AUGCGCCAAGAUACUGCCGUCAUUGAAACCGUUGCCUUUUCCGUCGGAGAAGUAGGACGCGUCCUCAGUCAAAUAAAACCAGACAAGUCUCCUGGACCCGACGGAAUUCCUGGUCUGAUACUUAAGGAGCUAUCAAAGGAGCUGGCGAAGCCUCUUUCGACGCUCUUUGAGCUGUCAAUGAGAACAGGAAGGCUGCCAUCACAGUGGAAGACAGCUAACCUCGCUCCCUUACAUAAAGGCGGUAGCAGGAUGGCAGCAAGCUGUUUCAGGCCUAUUAGCCUAACCUGCCUCUCGUGCAAAACGAUGGAAGCUCUAUUAAAGAGUGCCAUACAGCAAUUUUGUGAAGAAAAUAACCUCUUGCAGGAUUUCCAGCAUGGCUUCCGGAGAGGACGUUCUUGCCUCUCAAAUCUGCUAGCUUGGCUGGAGAUCUGGACCAGGGCCCUAGAAGAGGGUUUUGAAGUUGAUGUCGUGUACAUCGAUUUUCGCAAAGCCUUCGAUACUGUCCCGCACCAACGCCUUCUUCACAAAUUGAGCGCCAUCGGCAUCCGGGGAGAUCUUCUGAACAGGAUAGGGGCGUUUCUGGUUGGUCGGAAACAACGUGUUUGCAUCGGUGAUGAUAUGUCAGAAUGGGUGAGCGUGACCAGUGGUGUGCCUCAAGGCUCAGUUCUGGGACCAUUGCUAUUCCUCCUUUAUGUUAAUGACAGCCUUCAGGAACUCGAUUGUGGCAAAAUAAUGUUUGCUGACGACGUUAAGCUCUGGCAAGUCAUUAAGAGUCCUAACGACCAGAGAUCCCUCCAAGACAAUCUUCAUCGACUGCAAGCGUGGUCGGAGAAAUGGCUUCUAGACUUCAAUGUGCAGAAGUGUGCCGUCCUUCAUCUGCGUCCAACUAACUCUCAUCCUCCAUCUGCGUCCAACUAA